AUGGAACGGGAGGUGGAGACGGGCUUCGCUCUGGAGACAGGCGCACACUCGCCGGCUGAGCUUGAAGAACUUCCGGCCUGCCGGCCUCAACUUCCUGUGCAGGAAGGCGGAGACCCUGAGCUGGUCAGAGGGUGGGAGCGUGAACAGAGGCUGGGGCAGGGGCCGGCCUCCCGUGCGGCUGCCGACAAGGAGGGCCCGCCCCGCACUUUGCCUCAGUCCCGCGGCCAGGACCCGCUGAGAAGGGGCGGACGAGGCCUUCAGACCGCAGUUCACGGCGAACACCCCCUCACCGUCACCGUCACCAUCACCAAACAUGCGCAACUCGCCUUUGCCCGGACGCGCUCCUCACCUCACCUCGCCAACACCUUGGGAUGGAAGGCGGCGUCUGUCUGCUCUCUGCCCUCAGGGGACCGAGGCUUCACCUCAGGGCCCGGCGCUUGGCCCCUGGAGACACAGGAGGCGUUACCGCGGGAAGGCCCGGCCUCAGUGUUUUCUGACUGCAAGGGCGCCACCCCGCCCCUGAAAUCCGGGGGACAUGGCCUCUCCCCAGCUCAGCAACGAGCAAGUAGUCCUGCCAACGUGUCAGUCCCACCGGGGCGAUGA